AUGACUCAGCCAUAUCGUCUUUGUCCUGAAUGUAAAGUUCCCAAUCAUGAAGAGAUUGACUGUGCAAAUAUGACUCAUACAAGGCAGGAGAUGGAAGAAACGGUUAGGGGUUUUGGUUAUGUAGAGCCCAUUUUACCUCCUCAAAGGAAUCCUGAGCAAGAAGCACAACUAUUCCUACAACAUGAAUCUCAGAGGCGGGAUAGACUACGACAACCUAUGGAACAACAGCCUAGACCCUUUGAUGGUAUGCGCCUUUCAAUCUUCUCUGCCACUGAUCCAGGUUCUGGUGCUUCCUCUUCAUAUCACAAUCAAGCUAGACCCUCUUCAGCUUUGAGACCUUCUUAUCCUAUGACUAGUGAUGGUGCUAGUACUAGUGGUGUUAAGAAAAGAUAUCGUCGUACACCUAUUUUGGUUAUAAAUUCUGAGCCGCUUCUUUCUGAUACUGAUUUGGAAGACAAGGUGGUUACUUCUCAAGCGGAUGAUAUUGUCUCUGUUGAUGAUGAUCCCACUGCUUCAGCCAUGGAUAAUGUUUGUGACAUUGCUGCAGCCUCUGCUUAUAAUGCACAGAAUCACACUGAUGCAUGGCAACAGCUAACCAGUGGAAAUAAUAAUAUGGAUUUCUUGAUAACCUUCAUGUAUGGUGCUCAUGAUGAUACAGAAAAUGCUAACCAGUGGAAAUAUCUUAUUAAUAUGCAUUUGUUUGUUGAUCUUCCUUGGGUUCUUCUUGGUGACUUAAACUUCACCAUGCACGACUACAAAACACAUAGCUCUAGUGUCACUCAUCCUCAUCAUGCUAGACAUGUUAGAAAUUUUUUUCAGCAUCUAGGUAUCAUUGACUUAGGUUACUCAGGAGAUGACACAACUUGGUCAAAUCAUCGUAGUGGAGAUGAUCAUGUCUCUGCUCGUCUAGAUAGAGCUUUAGUGAAUAAUCGCUGGAUCAGCCACUACACAAAUGCACAUCUUCAACAUUUAGUACAUGUUGCUUCGGAUCACUGCCCGAUUCUGCUACAUACAGUUCCUUCUGCUACAAAACAUUCUCCCUUUAAACUCUACAAGUGUUGGUUUAAAAUGGAUUCAUGUACUGAUACUAUUGCACACAGCUGGCAGCAUCGUUUUUCGGGGUCUCCUUCGUUUCAGUUUUCCAGUAAAUUAAAACUAACCAGAACUCAGAUGCAGAUAUGGAAAAGAUUUUCCUUUGGCAACACUGAGAAUAACCUUCAAAAUAUUCAGAAACAGCUACAAUUUUGCUAUGACUGCAAUUUGCCUUCUUCUCAUCCCCAAGUUAAGCAUCUAAGCUCUUCCUUGCAGCAAUGGCUUUCGAUUCAAAAUAAGUUCUUCAUGCAAAAAGCAGGUGAUAAAUUUCUUGAAGCAGAUAGAAACACUUCUUAUUUUCAUUCCAUAGUCAAUUACAAUAGGAGAAGAUCGACUAUCAAUUCUAUCCAGGGUCCCUUGGGCAUUUGGUUUGAUAGCAGAAGUGAUAUUGAAGCUAUAUUUACUAACCGUUUAAACAAUAUUGCUACUUCUUCUAAGCCUCAGAUUAAUAACGAGAUUCUGCAGCUUUUUCAACCUUGUGUUUCAGAAAUACAGAAUAACAGUCUUAUCCAGGUGCCUCAUGCUCAAGAAAUAAAGGAUGUGGUUUUUCAAAUCAAACCUUGGGCUUCUCCGGGUAACGAUGGGUUUCAAGCUGGAUUUUAUCAACACUUUUGGGAUGUUGUUGGCACUGAGUCCUUCACUUUUUCUCUGACUCGGGGCAUUCGUCAAGGAGACCCGUUGUCUCCUUUUUUAUUUCUUUUUGUCAUGGAAGCUUUUUCUAGACUCUUGCAGCUUAAUGUGGACUCUGGUUGUCUUUCAGGGAUUAGAAUUAAUCAGCACUGCCCUGUAAUUAAUCAUCUGUUCUUCGCGGAUGAUUGUUUGUUAUUUUUUGAAGCUGAUUCUACUCAAAUGCAUCAGCUUCAACACUUGCUUCAUAUAUUUGGACAAGCUUCAGGUCAGGUGAUAAAUAUGCAGAAAUCGACCUUAUUUUUUGGCAAGCAAACUUCUAAUGCUCAUAGGUAUAAUAUUACUGGUAUUCUUGGUAUGAAAGUUAUGGGCCUUGGCGAAAAAUACUUGGGUAUACCUCUUCUGCUGCAUAGAUCCAGACAUAAGAACUGUCAGGGUAUUAUUCAUAACAUGAAUAACAGAUUGCAGGGCUGGCGGAGCAAAAUUGUAAAUCAAGCAGGAAGAACUACUCAGGUUAAUUCUGUUCUAAGCUCUAUGGGUAUGUAUCAAAUGCAGGUUUUCAAACUCCCUGAAACAUCUCUUCAUCAAAUGGAAAGAAUUCAGAGAAGCUAUUGGUGGAACAGUUAUGUCAAGUCACGUUCUCAAAAGUACAUUUCUUGGAAAAAGGUAUGUUUACCUAAAAGGCUAGGUGGUUUAGGACUUAAAAAUCUAUGCAACUAUAACUUAGCUUUUCUUGCGAAACUUGCUUGGCAAUUGUUACAUAACCAAGAUGCCUUAUGGGCUAAGCUGUUGAAAGGUAAACAUUUUCCUUAUCAUGACCUGCGUUUCUUCCCUCCACCGGUUAACUUAAAUUCAAGUUGGAUUUGGCAAAGUAUCUCUAUUGGGCUUGAGAUUGUGUUGAAACAUGCUAAAUGUCAAGUUGGUAAUGGAGCUCAUAUCAACAUCUGGACUUCUAACUGGAUUCCUUCACUGAAUUAUGCUUUACAGGACUGGGGUGAUUUGAAUAUGUCUAACUACCAGUUGGUUUCUGAUCUUAUAGAUACCGAUACUGAACAGUGGAAUGUGUCGCUUCUUCGUCUCCUUUUUACAGCUGAUCAGGUGAACUCCAUUUUAACCAUUCCCAUUCAGUUAGAUCAAGAGGAUAAAUUAAUCUGGCCCUUUACAACCACUGGUAUUUUUACUACUGCCUCAACUUAUAGGAUGUUGUGUGAUAAGGAUAUCCUAACAGAUAACUCCAUGGGUUUAUCUCAACAUUUUUGGUUAUCUUUUUGGAAGUUGAAAGUGCCUUACAAGUUUCAGUUUUUCCUGUGGAGAGCUAUUCACAAUGUUGUUCCAGUCAAAGCAAGAAUUUUCACCCAUGUGCAUAAUGCUGAUUUACACUGUGUUCUUUGCAACCACUAUCAAAUAGAAGAUCUGAACCAUGUUUUUCUUCAUUGCCCUUUCUCUAGGGCAAUAUGGCAGUAUUUUUUACCUCAUCAGUUUCACUUUAUUUUGCAGCACUCUUCUCUCUUAUCCUGGAUUCAGACUUGGCAACUCAAAGACUCCAUCAUCAGCAUCCAGAAGUCCCCUGAGAUUGUUCACUUAGCUAUGUGCAUCAUGCAUUUCAUAUGGAAGAUUAGAUGUAGUGUUGUUUUUAACAAUACCACUCCCAACCAUAACUCUGUAGUCCAUCAGGUUACUUCAUACAUUCUCCAGCAUCAUCUAGGAAACACUCCUGCUAACUACAAUCAUCCUCAUGUUCAUAAUGAGCACUUACAUCAUAAAUGGGAACCUCCUCCUUUGCAGUACAUUAAAAUUAAUAUCGAUGCUUCUUAUCAUUCUAGUUCUUUCUUAGCUGGUAUUGGAAUUAUAAUUCGGAACUCUGCAGGGGCAUAUGUCAUGGGAAGGGAAGCCUUGAGAAGAGUUAGUAAUGCUCAGCAGGCUGAAGCUUGGGCAAUGUGGGAGGCUAUGCAACUGGCAGAUUCAAAUGGUUGGUCUCGAGUGAUUUUUGAAUCUGAUAAUCUGGGAAUUUGUUCUUUUCUUCAACAACAAUCUUCUCUUUGUCACUGGCAGAGUAUGCCCCUGUUGCGAAAAUGUGUAAACAUAUGUAAUAUUAAUCCUGGUUGGUCUUAUAGUUUUGUGUAUAGGUCCGGUAAUAAAGCUGCAGAUGCAAUAGCGAAGGCAGCUUAUAAACAUAAUCUAUGUGGGGAUUGGUGGUAUCAUCCACCUUUGUUAAUUCCCUAUAUAAAGUGUGAUGUAUCAUGUACUAAUGUUUAA